GAGGAAACUCCCCGGGAACCUGUUUAUCUGCUUCCUGGACAGGCGGGGACUCCUACUGCAAGGAUAGGGACCUGGGCUGGACAUGGCCUCGGCCCUGAGCCCACCCCGGGGCUCAAAGCCCAAAGCUGUGCCACCUUCGCACUACUAUGAGAGCUUCCUAGAGAAAAAGGGACCCUGCGACCAGGUUCUUUCUCCUUUCUUCUCUGGCCCCCAGGAUUACAGGAAAUUCUGGGCAGGCCUCCAGGGUCUAACCAUCUGUUUCUACAACAGUAACCGGGACUUGCAGCCCCUGGAGAAGCUGGACCUGAGGCUGUUUUCAAAGCUCAAAGAUGAGGCUCUGAGGGGAAGCUCCCGUGACACUGCCUAUCACUUCAGCUUGGUUCUCCGGGACCAGGAGGUCAAAUUCAAGGUUGAGAGCCUGGAGUCUCACGAGAUGUGGAAAGGCUUUAUCCUGACCGUGGUGGAGCUUCGUGUCCCGUCUAACCUGACCCUGCUACCCGGACACCUGUACAUGAUGGCCGAGGUCCUGACCAAGGAGGAGGCGCGCCGGGCGGCCGAGGUGCCCUGGUGCUUCCUGCAGGUGAGCCGGCUGGAGGCGCAGCUGCUCCUGGAGCGCUACCCCGAGUGCGGGAACCUGCUGCUGCGGCCUGGCGGGGACGGCAAGGACAGUGUGUCUGUCACUACACGGCAGACACUCAACGGGUCUCCCGUGGUCAAACACUACAAAGUGAAGCGGGAGGGUCCUAAGUAUGUGAUCGACGUGGAAGACCCGUUUUCCUGCUCCUCACUGGAAGCUGUGGUCAACUAUUUCGUGACGCACACCAAGAGGGCACUGGUCCCCUUCCUGAUGGAAGAGGACUAUGAGAAGGUUCUAGGUGUGUGCGGUGUGGGGCAGCCAGGCUUGGUCAGGGACGCCCUCUGGAGGGCUAGCAUCCGGCCUCAGUGCUGCCUCCAGGCUGCCCGCCUUCUCUGUUCCAGGCUUCGUGGACUCAGAUCUGGAGAAUGGCGAGAGUGUAUGGGCUGUGCCCUCCUCGCGAGGCUCAGCCAGGAAGACAAACUGCCUCCACUACCUCCCCUGCCUCAGUUACCGGACCAUGAUGAGAACUACGUGACCCCCAUUGAAGACUCCCCAGAAACUGAAUACAUGAAUCAGGAUGUGUCUCCUACUACUCAGCCAGUCCCUCCGAAGCCCAAGAAGCCAGUGAAGAUCCCAGCAAAACCUCCAAAGCCACCAGUUGUGCCCAAACCAGAUCUCAAAGCCAUCACCAGUGUCUGGGCCAGGAAGCCAGGCGGCAGCUCACCCCAGGCUCCCUCCCUCGUGACAAGGCUUGGCGAUAUCACGGCUGAGCUGGAAGAAAAACUCCAGAAGAGGAGGGCACUGGAACACUGAUCCAUGCUCCCAGGGACCAGUGGGCUAUCUCGGGGUACACCGCUCCUCCAUCGGCUCUACCCUCGCUCAUGGGAAAGGACGCAGCCAGCAUGGUGAAGAAUGGCCUCCCAACAGUGAAGCAGGAAGAGCCCUGGGAGUUUGGGGGGUAGCCUGAGCUACACAGUGAGUUCCACAGCAGCUUGGGCUACAGAGUGAGACCUUACUUAAUAAAGCCCAAACCAAAAUGAAA